CGCGUUUGACCGAAUGCUUUCAAUAGAUUGUCUUGUUCUCUGAUCUUAAGUUAGCAAUAGGAUUAUAUUAGAAUUUUCGGACUAUCUUCAAUGACAGAUGAAUGAAUAUGGUUUAUCCACUUGCACUUGCGAGUCGAAGGCGCUACGAUAGUUGAAGCAGAUACAGGUUAUCGUUUGGUUAUGUACAAGUAACGAUAAAAAUAUAAAUUCGUAGUUUCUAUGCAGCCAGAAAGAACGCGAGAAACUUGAUUGAUCGAUUAAUUGACUCGCGAAGCGUUCGUGCAAUAUUAAUCAAAUACUAAAUAUUGCUAGAGGGAAAUUUAGAUUUUUAAUAAGAACGUUUGUAUUUUUCCGUGACGAUUUGUGAUAAAACAUUAGAUUAAAUGGUGAAAAUGACAUCUCUAGACGAAGGGAAGAUAAGGCAAGGUUUAUCAAUGUAUCAGAAUCCUGAUAUCACCAGAAAACAUGUCAUUGGCGUUUUGAAUCUCUACAAAAGUUUGCAAUGCGAAGUAGACCUGUUUGUGUUUAAUGAUGGUUCACGUAAAGAAUUAUUCAACUUACAAGGAACAAUACCUGUUUGUUAUAAAGGUAGUUGCUACAACAUUCCUGUAUGUAUAUGGCUCAUGGACACGCAUCCAAAUAAUGCACCUAUGUGUUAUGUUAAACCUACAGCUGAUAUGAAUAUCAAAGUUAGCAUGUAUGUUGAUCACAAUGGAAAAAUUUAUUUACCUUAUCUUCAUAAUUGGGUACCACAUUCAUCCGAUUUACGUAGUUUAAUUCAGGUAAUGAUUGCAACCUUUGGGGAACAACCACCUGUUUAUGCUAAGCCACGACAAGACACCCAACCUAGUACUACACCUUAUCCAGUCCAGCCUUUCAUGCCUGUGCCUGGAAGUACAGGAAGCGGAGCUCACGUACCCGGCUCUAAUUUUCCGCCGUAUCUACAAAAUUCUCAAUACACUGGUGGAAGUAAUGUAUAUCCGCCAUACAUGCCUACAGCAUCGUCUGGAUUUCCAUAUCAAGGAUACGGAGGAUCCUAUGGAGGAGCUGCUUCAAAUUAUCCAUCUCAAGGAUAUGGUUCCUUUCCCUAUCCUUCAACAACACAACCAUCUCCAACGGUACCUGGCACUGCUGGCGCAUCGGGCACAAUUACAGAAGAACAUAUCAGAGCCUCCUUAUUAUCGGCGGUGGAAGAUAAAUUAAGACGAAGACUCAAAGAACAAUUCUUGCAAUUGGCAGCCGAACUAGAAACAUUACGUCGAACACAACAAGAGCUUACAAGCGGAUCCGACCAUCUUACCGACUUGUUUAAUAGAUUAAAGAGAGAGAAAGCCGAACUUGAAAAAAAUAUAAAUAUACUCCAAGACAAAGAAGCUGAAUUAGAAAAAGAAAUUGCAAAACUUUCCGACAAUCAGUCGAUAGACGUCGACGAAGCUGUUACUACAAUUGCACCGCUUUACAAACAAAUGUUAAAUGCGUUUGCGGAAGAGGCUGCUACAGAGGACGCUAUAUAUUAUCUUGGGGAAGGUUUACGUUGCAGUAUUAUAGACUUGGAUGCAUUUCUAAAGCAAGUACGGCAACUUUCGCGCAGGCAAUUCAUGCUUAGAGCACUCAUGCAACGUUGUCGCCAAAAAGCGGGACUGGCUGGUUAAAUAAUCUGCUUAAUUUUUACGAAGUUGCGGUUUUUAAUAUUUUAUUUUAUUACAACGUAUCCACAAUCAACUAUAUAAAUCUUAUAUUAAGUAGAGGAAUAUAAAUAUAUUAGAGGUAAGGAAUUAUCAUUGCAAGUCCAAAAAGUAUUCCUUGUAACUCGAAUAUUGUACAUUACCACAUUUUUUGUUUUAUAUUUACAUUUCGUUAGUAAUAAAAAAAAAAUGAUAUAAAUACAAAGCUUCUAAAAAAACAAAUGAAGAUUUAAAUAUCAUAGGAAGUCUAAACAUCUUUAUUUAUUGAAAAUAAAAAUGUGGAAAGAAGAAAAAUUUUCAAUUGAAUUCUUUUUACAUUGUAAGAAAAGGAUGUACCUAAAAUAGCAAUUUAGAUAUUAAGAAACAUAAUGCUUAUUUACCAUGUAAUAAAUGUAUAGAUGAAACACUACAUUGCACGUUUUAGUAAAAAUACAUUGUUUUUAUUCUUA